UUCUUACACCUUUUACACCUCUUUUAAUCUAACUUCUCAUGGCUUGUGCCCCAAAAUGAUGCCCGUUACUAAUUUACGCUUUUUUUAAAACCCACCCCGCUACAGCGCGCGCCGUGUUAGCAGUGACGUGACUCACGUUGCUAGAAAAGAGAAGUGAGUCACGUGGCUGGAAAAGUGCUUUUUUUGUUGCUGCGACAUUUCCCCGAUGAGCGGAUUCAUAUUUUGUUGCCAGGACAACCGACGUGGUAACCGUUGGCCAUGGGAGCAAGACGACGUCACUGUGCACCAUGGCGUCAUAGCGGGUGUUUCUUUUCUUAACUUUGCUUUUAGGCCUACAAAUGUACUACACGUGCAAAAGUGUGUUAAUGUAGUACCGUACUGCAGGGUAUAUAAAGUGCGCAUUUUCUAUAGUGUUCAAAUUCCAAUUAAUUUGUGUUAUGCUACUGUAUUUUAAUUACUGAGGCAACCAUGUAUAAAUUACUUUAAUAUGGUGAAAGUUGUUAUCUGUAAUGAUGCGUCCAAAAAUAUAUUGAUAAACUCAAGUACAGUAUUACCCUCUGAAAUGUAGUUGAGUAGAAUUAUAUUUGCAAUAAUGUGUCUCAAAAUGUAGCGAGCUUUGUUAAUGAACAUUGUUACCUUACACAACUGACUUUAAUUUAGUGAGUCAAUUUCAUUUCAUUCAUUUACUCUUACCUUUUCAUAUAUUUAUUUUACGAGACAUAGUAUGUACUACAUUCAUUUAUCAGCUGUAAAUACUGGCUACAUGACAGAUUACAUUGUUUAAUACAAAAAGGAUCAGCAUAACUCUUCAUAAUUGUUCAACCUUUGUUAAUCAAAGUCGCCUCCGACACAAACAGCGGCACAUGGUGCUUGCUGACAGUAACGCUUGCAGUACAUGAAGUAGUAUUUUACACAGUGGCAUUGGCAUUUAACGUUCUACUAGAAAUGUUUUUGAGGACAAUUGAGAAGCUAAGGAUCCUGCUUUUGUUUAUGUGGACUACAUGUUCUGUAACAAUAGAUGAUCGCAAGUUAUUUGCACUGGCCCCUCUUUCUCUCCCUCCCUCUCUGUCUCUCUCUGACUGAGUUUGUUUGGAUGGACCGAACCAUGUAAGUGUUGGAAAAGAGCCCAGUGAGUAAGUCAUGGGAAGUUUCCACAUGCAGCCAUUACUGCUGUCAUUUUAAAACACAAGUCUGACAGAACCGCUCAUAUUCACAUGGUCUAACAGUGAGAUCAUAACAUGCUUCCCAUUUUAUGUUCUUAGUUUGUCGAAGGAAAGCGCCGUUUUUAAGACUGUAUAUAUAGAAGAUCAUAAUUCAGACUAUCCUCACCAGUGCAGUGGGAAGUUUUCUCUAUAACUUCUACUAAAUGCCUGGAACUUAAGCAAGAGACUUGUGUCAUUUCCUCUUCUAAUAUAUUGCAUGACCUGUCGGUCAUCUGACAUCCAGGAAAGAAUAUAAUUGUGUUCCCCGCAUUGUUUGCCUUAGAAGCUGGAUUUUGUUUGGUGGACAUUUUUCAAAAAGGGUGGCGCUUUCUCACUUGAUUUUGGACAAAAUGUUAACAGGAUGUAAACGCUAACGGCAACAAUGUUGGUCACCAUAGCGUGUUAUCAGAGAAGGGGGACCAAUGGGACCAAAGGGACCAAUCUUCCUUCCUCCCAUGUUGCACGGUCUGAUACUGGAAGAGUGCGUCACUCCCAGUGUCACUAUAUUUAGAGGAUCUGUGCUGCAGCUGUCUGGACCACCGCGCCGUGCCUAAAGCCUAAAUGCGCUGGCUGGAAACCAGCUGAAGAUGCAGGGGGCCAUCGCACGAGCGUGCGUGGUGGUGGCCGCUGCCAUAUUGAACCACCCCUCGCUCUUUACCCAAGACCACGGCAAGGCUCCGGACCAGGACGAGGGGCUGAUGGCGCGCAUGCGGCAGCACGAGGAGAGGCUGGAAAUGGAGCAGGCGCGGCUGGACAGGGAGCUCUCGCAGCUGGACUCGGAGCAGGGAGAAGCCGGCCCGCCGGAAGGUUACGGCUGGUACUUUUGGAGCGCCGUGUCUUUCGCCGUAUUCUUCGCCGUGGAGGUGUGCAGGGCGCCGGCCGACACCGACGCGGACGUCUGGCCGGUCGAGGAUGAGGACGAAAGCGGAUCGCCCGUCACCCCGAGGACCGUGGCGCUGGACAAGGACGCCCUGAGCGACUUCUGCGACAAAUGCACCUACGCUUCGGCCCGCGACCACUGGAGGGUGAGGGACUUCGUCGGGGGCUUCGCCGGCGAGUUGGCGGACUCGCUCAGGAGCGUGUGCGCCGGGCGCGCAGACAUGGAGGUCGGGGACUUCGUCGGGAUCGGGAGCGUGUUCGAGUCGUGGAAGGUGGGCGAGCCGCUGACGUGUGACCUCAUCGUGCCCUUCGCCCCUCCGGGUCCGUACUCCUUCCAGUUCCACCUGUGGUGCGGCGGCGCGGCCCCGGACACGCAGCCGGGCUGCGGCGGGAUAAAGGUGAGCCGCUUCGGGGAGAACGAGGAGGGCUGCAUCUGCGGCUCGGCGGACAUGGGGGAGGACGUGCUCUGUAUGCUGCACGGCGAGGACGACCCGCUCAAAGAGGACCGCGGCGCCGCCCACGAGCCGCCGCUGGAGCUGUGCUCCGGGGACACGCGCUGCUUGGCCAAAGAGCGGGUCGUCAAGUGGUUCCAGGUCGCGGUAACCAGAGCGUGGCGACGCAUCUCGCACAAGUACGACUUCGAGGUGACCUUUCGCCACCUGGACGCCGCCGGCGCCCUGAAGAUCCGCUUCCGCUCGGGGAAAGCGAUCCUAGUGAACGUCAUACCGGCGGUUCGCUUCGAGGACACGGACGCGUAUUUCGUCUCCCACUUCCCGUCAGAUUGCGGGACCGGCUCCCCCGACGCUUGCUGGCCCGUCUCUUUAGCCGUCCACGAGGGGCGUUUGCUGAAGCACUUCUCCAAGCUCCUCCCGCCGAAUUCCUGUCAUCUGCACUGCCUCCAGGUCGUCACCUUCCUGCACAGAAAGCAGACGGCGCUCACGGGGCCGAGCGGCCUCGCCAACUACCACCUGAAGACCGCUCUGUUGCACUUGUUGCUGACCACGAGGCCGUCCGAGUGGAGCGCCGGCACCACGGAGCGCAGGCUGCGGGACGUGCUGGGCUUCGUGCGCGCGAGCCUUCGCCAGAAGAGGCUCCAUCACGCGCUGGUCGGGAACAGUAAGGUGCCGGAAGAGGUCGGCGUGCCCGAGGUGAUCCGCGCGGCGGAGCCCGUGAAUCUGUUCCGGUGCCUGGUGUUGCACAGGGAGCGUUACGCGGCGACGGUCGGGCAUUUCAACGAGAUGUUAAGGAACGCGCCCGCGCUCAUACGAGAGUACACGUGCGCGCGCACCGCCAGCGUCACACACCAGAUUAGAUGAGCGUCUGUGUUUCUUUUUGCGACUUAAUAAGCAUCCAGGGUUUACAAAUAGUCGCACGAUGACUCAAAUGACACUUGUACGUAUUUUAUUACAGCGGAUAUGAAGUAAUUUUAGACUCGACAAGGUAACCAGUGUUACUAAAGGGGCUCCAAACGCCCCAUGGCAGAAUUUCAGUCGGUUGUUUGUAAAGUCUUGUGUGCAGUUAUUUUUAAUCUGAAGGCUUGCUACUGAAACGUUCAUGUCGUAUAACCCAGACAGAUUUUCCAGUAGAUUGCUUUACAUUUUAAAAGCUGUAAAUAUCAAAUUGAAAAGGUGAUUUCUUAAUGCACUUUUACCUUUUUUAGUAGAAAAUGCAAUGCACUUUUGUCAAUUUUUUAACAGAAAUACCUCUUCUAUUAUGCCGGUUCAAACAGUAUAGCAGUUCUUUUGUUAUCAUACUGUGAAUGGCAGCUAUUAGUUAUGCUUUGUAAUAUUACUAGAAAAGCAUUUAUUUUGCCUGUUGUACAGUUGUCUUUAGUUUAUUAAUUAAACCACCCAGUGUAUUUCAAUUAAAUAUAAAAAAAACAGAA